UUGACUCAAUUUUCGUGUUCAUCUGUGCGUACAGAAUUUUGAAUUUACAACCAUUUUUUUUUACAUCGAAAACUUUAAUAUAUCUGUAUAAUAAUGGAUUCUAGCGAUAUAUGGGCCGAUUGUAGUGAUGAAGAAACAUAUUAUGAACCAAAUGUUCAUUAUCGAAUACAUCCAAUCCAUCGAAAUGUACGUUUAUGGGAACCAUCCGGUAUGGAUAUUGUAACAUUAUAUGAACAAAUCAAAACAAACGGUUAUGUUGAAUUGGAAUGGAAAUGUCCAGGCAGGAUAUCACCAUCACAAUUAACUGAUAAUCAACAAAUGGACGAAUCAAAUGAUGGACAACGAAAUAAUGACAAAGAAUCAGGUGACCAGGAACAAGUGGAAAAAACGGAAUUCGAUUUUGAUAAUGCAUUCGAUGAUGAUGAUGAUGAUGAUCCAACCAAUAAAUCAACAAACCGUGUACUGGGAAAACAUUCACGAUCUCAACCAAUGAUUACGAAAACAAAAACGACAACAAAUCUGACAAAAGUAAUGCAAAAUAUUAAAAAAUAUCAACUCAAUGAUUCAUCUGAUCAAUCAUCGAUAUGAAAUAUUAUUAUUAUUUAUUCGGAUCAACAACAACAAUAAAAAAUACCAUCAAUUUCAACUAUUAACAUUAAAAAAAAUGAAGAAAAAAUGGAAAAGAUAUGCCCACGAUAAUUUGUUCUCAAAUAACCGAUAGAAGAAGACGAAGCGGAAAAAAUUAAUAAAUUCAAUACUGGACUGAUCCAAAUUCGAUUUGGCUAUAAUUGAUGAGGGGCGGCACCAAAACCACUUUUCAUUCAUCCCUCUAUACCCGCGAACAUUGUGAUCAUGUGAACUUUAUCCAUGAAUUAACAGCAAGAGUGUUAAUGUUUUUUCCCUUCAAACUUGAAAAUUUAUAGUUUAUCUCUAACAAACAUAAUUUUUGUAUAUGAAAAAGUUAACACUCUUGUAGUUAAUUGGACCCGAACAUUGAAUAUGAUGUGCAGCAGUGUAGGAUGUUGUUGCGAGAAAAGUCAACUGUAUACUUUGGUUUCUAUCACACACACACACACACAAAGUCGGGUAUCCCGUUAUAAUAUAAUAAUGGGGCAUACGGACUCUAUUUUUAUAUCAUUCACCAUUCACAGACACAUACAACAUAUACAUCGCUCGAUGGAUCAUUUUGAACUUGAUUCUUGUUCGGGUUUUUUUUAUAAUAUCAAAAUAAUAUGAGUCUGCGUCAUGAUAAUUGAACAUGGAAAGGCAACAACAACAACAACAACAACAACGACGACGACGAUAAAAAAAAUUCCUUUCAUUCUGUA